AUAUAACUGGGGUGAGGGAAAGAAAAGAAAAAGAAAAAAGAAAAACACCCUUUGGGGAGAAAAAAGAGGAAAACACUGCAGAGGGACCUGCCGUCACGCUGGUCUAACUCCCGUCUCCUCACCCUCUGUUUGGGAUUUUUCCCUGUCUUCUCUCUUCACUCUUCUUCCCUCCCCUCCUGCCUCAUUGCUGGGUUCAUACUACAUAUAAAGCUGACAGCUAGCAGACCUUGGCCCAUGAACACUUUCUAUGCAUUACAUCAUUUGUACAACCUCACCAUAACUGUUUUGCUUUUACCUAUAAUUAAUUGUUUUCUUAUUUUGGCAUAUGGUCUUCAUGAUUUUUUUUUCUUUUGAGGUUGGAUCGCACAAUUCUCUUUUUUCAUGGCACAAUAAUAUUUCACCCAGGGCAGUAUCCAUCUGUUCCCCAGCUUACUAGGUUUUUGAAUUGUUUUCUAACUUUUGCUCUUAUAAAGAAUACUUGAACCCUAGAUUUUUCUCCUGAAGAAUUUUUCCAAGGUUCGUGUUUUUAGGAUAAAUUUCCAGAAGCCCUGUUACGGGGUUGAGUGGUCUCCGCAUGCUACCCAGUCGCUGAUUGUGAACUGCCUGGAUCGCUUUCACAGCCCCAAAGCCGCCUGCAACUCCGAGAGAGACUGGAGAUGCGACCGUGCACAAGAGUUCAUCAUCUCAGCAGCUCCUUCCCGCGGCUCCUUUCCGCGGGGCUCCUCUUCCCACUCCCCGGAUCUCUCUCUGUGCCCCCACAGUGCACAGAGCUCCGGCCCUGCCAUCCCCGCCGCUGUGCCCCGGUGCCCUCCCCAUGCUGGGCUCCCAGUCCUGGGCACUUCUCUCUGCGCGGGGCUGGAAGGAAGGGACACGGGGAGCCUAAGAACCAGGCGCCAGGAAGCCUAGUCGGAGGAAGGGAUUCAAGGAAAAGAACCAGAGAAACAAGUGCUGAGCGUGGGAGGGCCCCGGGGUAGUGGAGAAAAGUGCUUCAGAAGAGUGCUUGGGGGACCCUGAAAUUGUUCAUCUGUACUCUGUUUUGUUGUUUGGUUGGUACCGGGGAUCGAACUCAGGACCUUGUGCUGGGAACUUGAAAUUGAAGGCGGGGGCUUUGGGCUGAAGACAGGAAAGGCUUAGACUUGGACAGAGGGGGUCCUGCUAUGUCUUAAGUGUUGAAUCCAUCUCUUGAUUCUAAGUCACUGUCUCAAGACAAAGACUAAACAGUUUGUUUUUAUUUUCUCUUUUUCAAAUGAAUGAUCGAAAAGCAACUUCCAACGAAUGCUUUUCUACUGUAGAAGAAAGCGAGUCCUGCAUCGCCCAACCCAAACCAUGCACAGCGGGCAGAGAGUCUGCUUUCUGCGGCCAUGCACAGAGAGGGAGCCUCCCCGCAUCAGAGAAGCCCAAGGCCUCAGUGAUGCCCACGGCUAAUGGGCUCGGAGCCGGCCGUCCACAGCCGCUGGUGCAGGAUGUCGAGCCCACAAAGGCUGCUGGAGACGAGUUAGGACCCACGGAAAAGACCCAGCCUCCAGGGGAGCCAGAGGAAGCUGAGCCACCUCAGCCAGGAGGCAGAGAGGACACCCCAGGAACAGAAGAAAUGAAAGAUGUGGAAACAGCGCUGGAGGUUCAGUCUUUAAAAGGGAAUGCUGAGACGGAACUUUCAGGGACAGCAGCCCCCGGACAGCUGCUGGGGACAGCAGGCGUGGGGGACUCCCUGGGAGCAGGGGAAGGGACUGAGCGCCCCCAAACACAAAGCCCUCUGAGGACAGCGGAGAACGGCCUACCUCUGGAAACAGCUGGAGAACUACAGUCUCAGGGGACAGUGGGAGAAGAGAAACAAUCCCAGUUUCUAGAAACAACUCCCAAGGAGAACAGAUCUCCAGAAAUAUCAGAAGGGAGUCAGUUGGUGGGGACCGUUGAAGAGCAGCAACUUCAAGAAGUGAUAGGGAAAGAUGAGGAGGCGCAGCCCCAGCCCCUAGAAACAAUUCCCAAAGAGAAUGAACCGCCAGAAAUACCGGAAGGAAGUCAGUUCGCAGAAACUGUUGAAGAGCGGAAGCUUCAAGAAACAGUAGAAAAAGAUGCCCAGCUUUGGCCUCAAGAGGCAAUUCCCAAAGAGGGUGGAACGCCGGAACUACAGGACAAGCGUCAGCCUGUGCUAACUUCAGUAAUGAAUGAUCCGAUCCACCCAACUCCUCAAGGGCCCGGGAUCCCGGAGCAGGUUCCACCUAAAGGAGUAGGUGCAGGCAGGGAGCAUCCAGUGGGAGAGGCAGAGACAGCAGCCUAUGCGGAGGGGGACAGGAAAAGUCGCCCUAGUGAAGAGGAGCAGUGCACUGAAGGUGAGACAGGAGAAAAGGUGGAAAGAGAGAUGGAGAAUGAGAAUGUAAAUGAAGAGGCUGAAACAAAAGAAGAAGAAACAGGAGAAGCUGUGGAUCUUUCAGCAGCCACACAGAUAGGGAUGGUGACAGAUGGGUGAACAGACACAGCAUGGUACGAGAGAGAAGAGAAAGAAAAAAUCCACUUGUAGAUCUUAUCUGUCUACAGUGACAUGUUUUAUACAGGGACUGUUGGAGCCAUGUUUUUGAAUGUAUUUUUCUAUAACACUGCUAAGCUGGAAAGUUUUCCUAGCUACUUAAGAUAAUUAUACAUUUAAAGUUACAAUAGCCAGAGCCAGUGAAAACUAGGAUAUGUGAUCAUUUAUGAAGGUGAAGGAGACUUCAGUCAUUGUAAACAAUGGGUCCUUUUGGGAUAAAAAGUGAAGCGCUGAAAAGAAGCAUAAACCUAUAGGCACAGGUGGCUGGAGAAAGGAGUUCGCACAUUUUAAUGAGGUCAUCAUAAUAGUUACGCAGUAUAAUUGCAAUGGAACAAGAAUAACAUCAAAAACCAUGGGAUGAAUUACACUUCGUAUUUCUGUCCUAUCAUAGGAAUUAGAGCAGGUAGGAACCUUAGAAAGUAUAUCAUUUAGUUUUCUUCUUAAGUCUACCUGCUGCCCCAGACCCUGUGCAUCAGGGCAUAUUAAAUAUGUUGACAAAACUCCUUCCAAAGGAAUGCAAACUCUGGUGCUGUUGCAAGGCUAAGCAUUUCUCGCAAUGAAAGGCUCAUUUCCCAGGUGCCAUUUUGAACCGGCUGUUCAUGUGCUCUUGUGAGAGGUUCAGCUGGUGCUAUGCUCUUUGCUAACAUGAAAAGCAUUUGGAACUAAUUGACUUUGACAUAUUUCAGAGGCAACAAAUAGCAAGAAGUAAAUCCGAGAUUUUUUUUGCCUAUGUGGAGCCUUCCUGGGCCCUAUUCUCUUUUUGGUACCCAGGGAAUGAACUCAGGACAUUGUGCUUGCAAGGCAGGUUUGGUGCAGCUGAGCUAAAUCUCUGGCUCCUUAACUAGACUUUUAAAAUUUAGAUUCUACACUAAAAUGACUUAUAAUUAAUCAAAGGAUUAUAGGAUAUAGAAAGAGUAUAUCAUCUUUGUUCUGCUUUAACAUUACUUUAUGCCUUUGUUGGCUUUAAAGUGUCGGGUAGACAACACAGGAGGUCCUAGAGCUGGGCUUGGUGGUGCAUGCCUGUAAUCCCAGCACUCAAGAGGCUGAAGCAGGAGUUCAAGGCCAG